AUGGCUUCUCGACCUUUAGUUUCUGUUUACAAUGAAAAGAAUGAAACGACUGGAGCGCAAAUCAAGCUUCCUGCAGUCUUCCAUGCUCCGAUUCGACCAGACAUUGUUAGCUUCAUUCACGACCAAAUGAGAAAGAAUAAGAGACAAGCUUAUGCUGUUUCGACUGCUGCAGGUCACCAAACAUCUGCCGAGUCAUGGGGAACUGGACGUGCUGUUGCUCGUAUUCCUCGUGUACGUGGUGGCGGUACUCAUCGUUCUGGUCAAGGAGCUUUUGGGAAUAUGUGUCGUGGUGGUCGUAUGUUUGCUCCAACAAAAGUUUAUCGUCGUUGGCAUCGUCGUAUCAAUAUUGCUCAACGUCGUUAUGCUGUUGUUUCUGCUAUUGCUGCAACUGGCGUGCCAGCAUUAGUUCAAGCACGUGGACAUGUUAUUGAUCAAGUUAGUGAAGUUCCAUUGGUGAUUGCGGACAAAAUUGAAUCGUUCACUAAAACAAAGGAGGCUGUUGGAUUUUUGCAACGAGCUAAUGUUUGGGCUGAUAUUGAAAAGGUUUUUAUAAGUUAUAUUGGUACAAGGGAACUUGGCUCACUUUUAAAUAUUAAUCGAACAUUCUUAGGGCAUUCUAGAUUUCAAUGGAUGGUAAGAAAUCGGGUUUAUCAGCCUUUUGUGUGGGCUGACCUUUGGCUUGUUUACUUUCUUUGGGUCUUGGGCUUCCGGUUGAUCUUGGGGUGUUGGGGCUUUCUUUUGGUUUACAAAUCCAAACGUUAUCGUGCUGGCAAAGGCAAACGUCGUAAUCGUCGCUACAAACAAAAACUUGGUCCUCUAAUAAUUUACAACAACGAUGGUGGAAUUGUUCGUGCUUUUCGCAAUAUUCCUGGAAUUACUCUUUUAUCUGUCAAACAUAUAAAUUUGUUAAAAAUUGCUCCAGGAGGACAUUUGGGACGUUUUACAAUUUGGACAGAAAGUGCUUUUCGUAAAUUGGAUUCAAUUUAUGGAACUUGGACACAAAAAUCUUGGGUCAAAAAAGGAUUUUCUCUUCCACAUGCAAAAAUGACAAAUUCUGAUUUUGCAAGAAUUAUUCGUUCUGACGAAAUUACAAAAGUUGUGCGUCCUGUCCGCAAGCAAACGAAGGUUGCAAAAAUUCAUCGUAAUCCUUUGCGAAAACAUGGUUUAAUGGUCAAAUUAAAUCCGUAUGCGUCAGUUCUUCGUCGUGCAGCAAUUUUGGCUUCGAAAAAGGGAGAGGAGAAGAAAGCAAAGUUUGGAUUUUUUUAAAAUUUUUUAUUAAGAAUAUAAGGGCUGGGAAGGAUAGAAGGGUAGGGAUAUAGGGGGGUAAUUUAGGAAUUUCUUGUGGACUCGUAGAAAUAAGUGGGGGUAGGGAUAGGAGGGGGAUAAAAUUUGUAAAGUUAGUUCCCUAGGAAUUUUCUUGUAGACUCCAUUUAUGCGGGAAUGAGAGGAGAAACAGUUCAUUU